AGUGCCGCAUCAUCUUUUUUUUUUUUUUUUGCUUGCGUUCAUUUUCUCCUUUUAUACUACGCUGUAUAGUAUUACACACUGUACACGUUGUACAUUCUAAAAUGGCCGACCAAGAUGAUUCACUAUGGCAGCCUGUAACCCAUGGCAACCGUGGUAGUGACCAAAGAGCAGUGUCAUCACAACAACAACAACAAUGGUCACAACGAGAAGUUCCGCGAUGGCAACAUAUCCGAACACCAGCCGAGCAACAGGAUACUGAAAACUCGCUUCGUGCCUUAGAAUCAAUGUUGGCACGGCUGAAGUCAAGACCAGUGAGAACGAGACCCACACAAGAAUCAUCAACGUUUAUCCAGGAGCAACAAGAAGCAUGGCACGACGAUGAUGAUUCUUCUAUCGAUGCAUCCUCAGUAAGAGAAGGAGAAGAUGCAAUGACAGCAGCAGAAGAGGAUCAUGAAGGACUUUAUUUACUAUGGAGGGAACGUGCCCAAAGUGGAAGUCAAGAAGAGGCAUCCUUACUGGAUAAAGCGCUUCAACGUCAAAAACUAGAGCAGGAGUAUACAUGGCCAUGGACCCUGGCCUGGAUCCCUCGGUGUUGUUCAUGCUGUCUCGGCUCCUCUUCAUCAUCGUCUUAAAAUGGGUCUUGUUAUUGGCUAUUCCCUUCAUGGUGCUGCUGUUGCUGUUGCUGUUGCUGUUGGUGAGAUUCCCACAAUUGCGAUUCCAAAAAUAUUCUUGUCGAUUCUUUCUCGCUACUACUGCUACUGUUACUAUUACAUACACAUUACAUCCAAUAUAAUAGAACAAUGGAUAUUGACAUUAGCCCUGUCCGGUGACUAC